UACACAAAAUUUUUCUCGUGUACAUUCUCAUCAUUCACAUGUGAUUUGAAUCUGUUCACGAAUAUUAUAUCAAUAAUGACAAUCAAAACAACAAAUUGAAUAAAGAAAUCAUUAUGUUUGAUAUAUAACACAUCUGAUAUAUAAAAUAUAAUUAUAGGAAUCCAUUUUUUGCGAAUUAUUCCUCUUUACGAUUCUUAUUCUUAUGCUGUUGAUCUUUGUUGGAUAACAAAUUGAAAUAUGGAUGAUAUAAGCAACAGCGGUGGUAGUGGCAGUGGUGGUGGUGGUGGUGGCCAACAAUCUCAAUCGACGACAACAACAAUAUCCGAUUCAUAUAUUCAAUCUUUAUUAGCUUUAAUUAUGGAUUUUUGUUGCAUAAAUUCAAAUGAUCAUCAAUCAAUAUUAUCAUCAUCAUUAUCACCAUCGACAAUGUUGUUUAUAUUCUGGACAAUUGUUGCUUUAAUUGUAGCCGUUGCUGCAAAUAUUUAUUUGAAAAUUAGAAAACAACAGAAUGAUUCGUUAAAAUUGAAUAAAAAUGAAGAAUCAAUAACAAUCGAUGAUGAUGAUGGAGAACAAUCAGAUUGGCUACAGAAAUCAGUAUCUGAUCAUGAUAAAUUCAAAGCAAAUCAUCACAGCAAACAAUUUGAUCAAUCACCAAAAUCAAAUGAACCGUUUGUUAAUCGUCAAGAAUGGAUGAAUGAAAUAAUCAAAUGGUUUUAUCAUCAAUCACAUCAGGAUAAUCAAUUUAUUUUGACAAUAACAAAUGAAUGGCUUACAUCAUUGAACAAUAAAAGUCAACAAUUAAUAAUCGAGAAUGGAAUAUUUGUCGAAUUUGUACAAAUCGAACAAUUGACCGGUGCUCAACUAAAUCAGGUUAAAAUGGCCGAAGAACUUAAUGAAAAUUUGAUAACAACAAUGAAAGCAACAUGUGAUCGUUUAAUUAUUCAGGUACGUGUUGCACCUGAUUGUUAUGGUGAUCCAAAUCGUUCAGCUAUUUAUCAUGUAAUUAUGGAACGAUUUAGUUCAUUGCCAAAUGUCGAACGAAAAUUAUUGGUAAAAAUAGCCAAAGCAAAUGAUUUACAGUUGGAAAAACAGGAUACCACCGGUGCCAUUUAUUGUACAAUCGAAUUGGAUGAACCAUUUCAAUCGGAACGUACAUCAAUUAUUCGUGAACAAAUUGAUUCACCGGAAUGGGAUCAACAUUUUAUUUUUAAUCUUAAUGAAAAAUCACGGGAAUUAUUAUUCGAAUUAUAUGAAGAACAACAACAACAGCAAAAAUCAUCAACAAAUAAACAAACAAUGAAAAACACAGAUCAUAUACUGGGCAAUGCUAUUGUAAACAUUAAAGAAUUAAUAUCAAAUCCAUCACAAUCACAAACAUUACGAUUACAAUCUGGUAUGAAUAAUAAACAAGAUAUGGGAAAUUUGAUUGUUGAGUUUUUACUCAUGGAACAUAGCCGAAAUGGAUCGAUCAGACGGCAUGAUCCUCAACAACAACAACAGAAUCAGGUUACAAGAUCACAAUCAAUGACAAAGCCAAAUAAUAUUGACAAUCAUCAUGAUGAAUCAGUAUCAUCAUCAUCACAUCAUCAUAAUCGGUCAUCAUCAACAUCAGUUGAUCAUCAUCAUCAUCAUCGACAACGAUGGUCAAUCGGAUCGGCAUUAACUACAGCAACAUUAACCGAUUAUUGUGAAGAUAAUCAUUAUGGAUUAGCUACGAUUACAGAUGAUGGUGAAAAAUUUUAUCGUAAUCAUCAUCAUAGUUGUCAAAAUCAAAUUAAUUUUGAUGAUCAUCAAUCCAAAUCAUCAUCAUCAUUUAUGACAACAGUUGAAAUCGAUACAAUACCUAAUAUUGAAACAAUCAUAUCGAAUUGCAACAACAUCAAAUUACAGCAACCUAAUUUUAAAUCUAAUCAACAAUUCGUACAGGAAGAUCCAAACUAUAAUUCGGGUGAAAAUGGUCAUUCAAUAUCACAAUUAUCAAAUGAGCCGAAACAGAUAACAACAACAACAACAACCGGUACCAAUGAACAACGUCAACAAUCGGCACGAAUAUCAGCUACUUUGGAUAAACGUAAUUCAGAUUCUCGUCCACGAGAUAAAUCAUUAUUACGAAACAUAAAGAAACGUUUUAGUUUUAAUCGACGUUCAAAAUCAGUGGAUAGAAAUCUGGGUAAACGAGCUAUCGUUAACGGUAAUGAUGAUGAUGAUGAUAAUUUUGAUAAUGAUUAUAAUAAUGAACGUAUUGGUCAUGGAAUGGAAAGAGCAAGAUCUGUACCCGGUUCACGUGAACCAUCUAUGCCCAAAGAUAAUAAUAUUCAUCAACAAGAGCCAAAAAUUAAAGAAAGUUUUGGCAAUUUAAGUCAAGCAUCUACACGAACAUUUAUGCAUGAAGAUUCAUUAUUGAUAAUGGAAUGUAAUGAAAAAGGAACGAUUAAACAUAUUAUUGUACCUACGGAUGAUAUGGAAAAAGCACGACACGAUUUGAAACGUCGUAAAAGCACAAAACUUCAUCUAUAUAAAGAUCAUUUGUUUAUUGCAAGACAUAUACCAUCAUCAAGAUUAUGUCAAAUUUGUGGGAAAAAAUUUGCAUUUCGUCUGGGUAAACAAGCCUAUCAAUGUCGUGAUUGUGGCCUAAUUUGUCAUAAACCAUGUCAUGUUCAGGUUGAAACUCGAUGUUUUUCAUCAAGUAUUGCAUCAUUAAAUCUUGAAUUAAUUGAUGGUGGUUAUCAACAACAAUUAACAUUACAACAUAAUAAUGAUAAUAAUAAUACUAAUAUAAUGGCUGUACCGGAAUUAAAAAUUACCGAUACUGAACCGGAUGAUUAUUUCAUCAUUAAUAAUAAUAAUAAUAAUAGUUCAAUUUAUCGUUGAAUAUUCAUUUUCGGGUCAUAACUUUUACGUUGGUUUAAUCAAUAUUAUUCUUUGAAAUUCAUAUCGACAAAACA